AUAUACGACACCGGUGUCGUACUUCCUUAUAUACGACACCUACCAUUUCUUGGCCCACAGGGCUCCAAUCGGCGUACAACAAAAUGCGCUGUGUAGCCACGGCCCGCAGCUAUCAGCCCAUACCAUUUUGGGUCAAAUCGGCCAAGUGGUUGCGGAGAAAGAGCCGAAAAUAGGGGGCUCCGCAACUUACCGGGGGGGUGUUAGCGACGUUCCGGUCAUAACUCCUUGCACAGACAUCGCCUGACCGCACGUAAACUCGCGAUGAGUAGAUAAGCUUAUAUACUCUUCAACCACUUGGCCGAUUUGACCCAAAAUGGUGUCGUAUAUAAGGAAGUACGACACCGGUGUCGUAUAUAACACUACCGUUUAUUUCUUAUAGCGAAAAGGUGUUCUAUCUUGCCUCGUCGGCAUCAUGUUGCCUUUCUUUACUCGCGAACGCUUCGCAGUCCUUAUAAGCGGCAUGCCCAUAUUUCGACAAAUCACAGCGCACCUGGCGUACUAUCUUGGGUUGUACGACGAAGCCGAGGCCUCCAUCGAGCGGGCCCUCGAGCUCGGUCAUGAAGAGGACGGCAGCAUGCAGCUGCGCCUGGCCCGAAUGCACGUGCGCAGGGAGAAGGCCGACUCCGCCAGCGCUGAACGGCACCUGCGCUCCGCCCUCGCUUCAUACAGCGAGGCGAUGAAGUUCGUGCGAGUUGCGUCUGAGGCCAUACACUACCUCGAGGUUACGUCCGUGUACCUCAAGCUGAACGAGACGCAGAGAGCGGCCAACGCUCUGUCAACAGUGUUGCUUCGAUGGCCGGCUCUUCUGGUGGACACCGAGAACGACGGGCACGGCAGCGUGCCGGUAAUUGAGGGUGACCGUGCGGAGGUUGACCUCCCCGUCGCCAGCUACGUCCUAGGCGGGGAAAGCAUUUUCUUGCAGGCAAGACUGACAAAGUUAGCGUCCCGCACCAGAUAUUCGUUGUUCGAAUCAGAACCCCAUCGCUAUCGCAUCCGAAGGAGUGUGACACCCAAUGCUAUGGGCCUCUGCUUCGAGACCCUGCGCCAGGAUAAGAUGGCCGCCGAAGCGUACCGACAAGCGUGGAACACCCUGCUCGAGCAACGCCAUGCAUCCGCAGCACCGGCGGGUCAGAAACCUCCGCCGCCUACCACAACCGGCGACCCCUCGAAAACCAGAACAGGUUAUGGAGCCGUUUUCGCAAAGACCGCAAAGAGCGGUGGGGGAAAGGAGGUGGGAGUCGUCCGCGUCGAUGAGAUCGGUGCGAUUCUUAGGCAGGCUCAGCUGGCUCUCGCUGCCAGCAGCAGGAGCACGUCCGCGGCGGGGGGUCGAUCGCGGGAUAGCACCCCCGAGCAGCAGUUGCAGAGAAGCGGUGGUGUGACGAAGAAUAAGACCAUCGUGGAUGCAGCAAAGGCUCGGGCGCUCGGGUUCGAGCUGUGGUGCAAGAACCCCUACACGUGGUUCAAUUACGGGGAGGUUGUCCUGGAGGGCGGCUGCUACGCGCUUACUCUAGCCUUCUUGGCUAAGGCCGUCGCCUUGCUCCCUUCCGGCCUCCUCCAGCAGGAAAAGGGACGCUUCGGCGACGCGCACUCUGCCGCCGAGGAGGCCCGAGAUCUCGAUCCUUUCGGAAAGGCAGUGCGUCUCCUCUGUCCGAGGCUCAUGGCGCUGCACAGCGUAGACGCGCGUUGCCAGGCAAGGUACACUCGCGAGAGCCAGUCAGCACUACGGGUCCAAAGGGCCUGGCGUGGGCACCGCGUGAUCCGCGUGCUGCGCGACUUGGUCUCCAAGCAAAUCGCCGCUUUUCGCAUCCAGCGUUUCAUGAGGGAGUGGAGGAAGCACGGGUUCAUCCUCGCCCUACGACUGGCCGCUAUCAGCGCGCUAGAACUCAGGCAGGUGGUGCGUAGGCGUCGAUCGAGAUCUUGGGUGUGGCAUGAGCGGAGGGCGGCAUGGGUCGAUGGAGAGGCAACACUCGCCCGAAUUCACGCGCCACCCAAGCUAGGCACAAAUUACACGAAGGCCAUGGGCCUGACCGCCCAAGCGGCCGCUGCGGACCGGCUUCAAGCGCUGGCCGCGUCGGCGGAAGCCGUGCAGCGAGCGGCUCGCGCCCUGAUCGCGCACCGCAGGGUUUCCAGGCGGAAGGAGGCGAUCGCCGCUCUCCAGGCUUUCUUCCGGGGAUGCCGGUUGCGGUGGGCCCUGUCUGCGGCCUUCGAGGAGAGCUUACGGAUAGAAUCUGUCGCUCGUGAUCUGCGACAACAGCGGGACUGUGGUGAUGGGGGUCGUGAAGAAGGUGCCCACACUUGCGAGGAAGGAGUUAAGCCAGGUCUUGAUCCUGAAGGCGUAGGCAACACCGACCGUGAAGGUAAGCGUGGUCUGUCAGCAACGUCGCUGCGGCCCCGGCACGGGGAUGGAUGUAAGCCGCAUAAGGAUACCUUCGGGGGGUACAAUGCCCCUCCCAACGUGCAACUGGGCGUUAUCACACGGCGCAACCUCCCCAUGGAUGUGAGCUGUGCUAAGGGUUUCCGCCCGCCGAACCUCGCGGCCUUCUUGUGGGAAAGUCGCGAGGAUGCGUACGGCUCGCGCUGUGCCGACGACGGCGCGGACGACAACACAGCGCUCCUGGCCCCACACCUCGGCAAGGAAAAGGAGAGCCCCCGUUCUUACGUGGACGCUGCUGUUGCCCGAAGUAGCCAUGGUCACGACCAUGCGGUGUUCGUAGCAUCCGCCACCGCGGUAGCUUCCUCGGCCUGCCGAGAGGACCUUGCCCGCAUGGGGUCGGAACAAAACGAGGUGGAUCUAGGCGAUUGCUUGUCGGAUCAACACGGGGGCGGUCGGCCGCCGGCGUUCGAUGAGUUGCCGGCUUCGCCGGUGUCGGCGCUCCCGCUCCUGCAACCCCCACGUUGGGUGCCGGCGACCGUAGCCCCGGAAGGAGCCUUCCACCGCGCGCUGGCGUGUUCGACGCUGAUCGUGAGCAGCCCUUCGUUCGACUCAGCCAGCGCCCGUCGUCUCUUCUCGCGGAUGGGGAAGCCGAUGCCCGCCGCCUCCCCGCCCAGAGAUGAACCCCAACAAGAGACUGACGACGUCAAAGGCAUGGCGGCUGGAGUAAGAAGGGGACAAGUUGAUCUGAACCUAACACACGGAGAGGAAAAAGAGAGACUAAUAAAACAUCCUACAGGGUGUCUUUACGCCAAUGGCCUCGAACACAUUUUGUUGCUGGGCGAGUCUCCGAUCGGCGAUGGGGGGUUGUCGGAGCUCAGCUCGGCGGUGCGAUGUGGCUGGUUGCCUAGGCUCACCACGCUAGUGAUCGGAGGGCCCGGGUGUAAGGUGGGGCCGCGCGGGGUGGCGGCCCUGGCGACAGCCUUGUCAACUUCCGGCUGUUCGCAGCUCCAGCAUCUGUCCAUGAGCAACUGUUGCCUCGGGCGGCCGAAGGGACGCCGUCGACGCCAUCACCACGGCCGCAAGACUUCGUCGUCAAACCUGGCGUCAGUCUCGGCGGAGAAGGCGGCGGCAGAAGCCCACGCCGCUUGGGACUGCUUUUUCCGGCACUUGCAGCGCCUGCCGUCACUGGCAACACUGUCGAUCCAGGACGCCGGCUUGGAGAACCGCGACGUCCGGUCCCUGUCCAUAGCCCUGCAGAUACUGCCGGCUGAUCGACUGCGGUGCCUCCGGCUAAACGGGAACUGCGUCGGAGAGUCAGGGUUAAGGAUGUUGUUGACGGCGCUAAGGUCGAGGAGAAGGCGGCUACCGGCCUUGUGGUUGAGGAGGCAAAGGCCGGCGCUCGUGGAGAGCGGGGCACGGGAAAUUUUCGAGAGAGCGUUUCGAGAUGGGCUGUUUGCAGAGGUUAAGAGAGUUCCACAUCCAAUGAAUAUUGAGAGAAUAGAAGGGAAAUUCCGCGCUGCGAAUAGAAACACAUGGUGGUUGGUGGAAUUCGAGCGACCGUUCGAAGUCAUGGGCGGAAGGUCGCACCUCGCGCUGAUAGAGCGUACAACCGAGACAGAGGAUCUCGGGAGGCGCGCCCUAAAGCACCCAACAAGUCAUAUAUACAUCUAA